AUGGCGAAGGCAAAGGAACACCAUGCUAUCGACAACAAAGCCACCACUCUGCGACGCACAGAUCUGAUCGUCAGGGUCGGCUCAGCCCAACGACGCUUCACCAUUCCAAGGAGCUGCCUCGAAAACGCCUCCAACCUCCUCGCAACAGCCGACGAGACCGACUUAUGCACGGGUGAAGUCGAAGAACUGAAGGCCGUCUUUGUCUCCAAUUUUCGUGUCUACGUCGACUGGCUUCGCGGCGGCGACAGCCUCAAGCUUGACACCGUCCUGGGAACAGACGAACCGCUUCGCGACACCAAAUUCCGCGACGCAAUCUUGGACGCCAUCAUCGAGAAAUUCAACACGACCACCGACAAUACGCUGUAUGCGUUCCUCCCUGACUCAGAUGCUGUUACAAUCAUCUAUUUGGAGGGUAAGGAGGCGCUCUUCCUCCGCAAGCUCAUCGUUUGCAUGUAUGUGAAGCGUGCGGAGCAGAAACGCAUGAGGAUGGGGUCGUUCCCGACUGAGUUUCUGAUGGAUUUCAUUGAUGGCAUGCUUGGCGAUGGAGACAAGACGGAAAAGAUUGGCGAGGAGGAAGCGGCGGAGCUCAAGGCUAUGCAGAAUCAGAUGACCACGGACCUGCCGCCCCCACCCACGAGGAAACGCAAGCGUGCUGGCCAGUCUGGAGGGUCGGAGGAUUGA